AUGUCUGCGGAGAGCGGCCCUGGGACGAGAUUGAGGAAUCUGCCCGUGAUGGGGGAUGGACUAGAAACUACCCAGAUGUCCACACCGCAGGCCCAGGCCCAGCCCCAGCCAGCCACCGCAGCCAGCACCAACCCCCCACCCCCUGAGACCUCCAAUCCCAACAAGCCUAAGAGGCAGACCAACCAGCUGCAAUACCUGCUCAAAGUGGUGCUCAAGACACUAUGGAGACACCAGUUCGCGUGGCCUUUCCAGCAGCCCGUGGAUGCCGUCAAGCUCAACCUCCCUGAUUACUACAGGAUCAUCAAGACACCCAUGGAUAUGGGAACAAUAAAGAAACGCUUGGAAAACAACUAUUACUGGAAUGCUCAGGAAUGUAUUCAGGACUUCAACACAAUGUUUACAAACUGUUACAUCUACAACAAGCCCGGAGAUGACAUCGUCUUAAUGGCCGAAGCUCUGGAGAAACUCUUCUUGCAAAAAAUUAAUGAAUUACCUACUGAAGAGACCGAAAUCCUGAUCGUCCAGGCAAAAGGGCGAGGCCGAGGGAGGAAAGAAACAGGGACAGCAAAGCCUGGUGUCUCCACCGUACCAAACACAGCGCCAACAUUGACGCCUCCACACACCCAGACCCCUCAGCCGAAUCCGAAUCCGCCGCCUGUGCAGGCCACGCCCCAUGCCUUCCCUACCAUCACCCCAGACCUCAUCGUCCAGUCACCCGUCAUGACAGUGGUGCCACCUCAGUCCUUGCAGGCACCCCCGCCAGUGCCGCGCCACCCACCCAUCAUCGCGGCCACCCCACAACCCGUGAAGACAAAGAAGGGGGUAAAAAGGAAAGCCGACACCACCACCCCCACCACCAUCGACCCCAUCCACGAGCCACCUUCAUUGCCACCGGAGCCUAAGGUCACCAAGAUGGGCCCCCGGAGGGAGAGCGGGCGACCCGUGAAGCCCCCGAAAAAGGACGUCCCCGACUCGCAACAACACCCAGCACCUGACAAGAGCAGCAAGGUCUCAGAGCAGCUGAAAUGCUGCAGCGGUAUUCUCAAGGAAAUGUUCGCCAAGAAACACGCAGCCUACGCCUGGCCCUUCUACAAGCCCGUGGACGUGGAGGCACUGGGCCUGCAUGACUAUUGCGACAUUAUUAAACACCCCAUGGACAUGAGCACAAUCAAGUCUAAACUGGAGGCUCGCGAGUACCGCGACGCUCAGGAAUUUGGUGCCGACGUCCGAUUGAUGUUCUCCAACUGCUACAAGUACAACCCUCCUGACCACGAGGUGGUGGCCAUGGCGCGGAAGCUUCAGGAUGUGUUCGAGAUGCGCUUUGCCAAGAUGCCAGAUGAGCCCGAGGAGCCUAUGGUGGCUGUGUCCUCGCCGGCUGUGCCUCCUCCGACCAAGGUGGUGGCCCCACCCUCAUCGAGCGACAGCAGCAGUGACAGCUCCUCGGACAGUGACAGCUCCACUGAUGACUCCGAGGAGGAGCGGGCCCAGCGUCUGGCUGAACUCCAGGAGCAACUCAAAGCCGUGCAUGAGCAGCUGGCAGCCCUAUCGCAGCCCCAGCAGAACAAGCCAAAGAAGAAGGAGAGAGACAAGAAAGAAAAGAAGAAGGAGAAGCACAAAAAGAAAGAGGAAGUGGAGGAGACGAAGAAGAGCAAAGCCAAGGAGCUGCCGAGCAAGAAGGCCAAGAAGACCAACAGCAGUAACAGCAACAGUGCCAGCAAGAAGGAGCCGGUGCCUGUGAAGAACAAGCCACCGCCAGCAUACGAGUCGGAGGAAGAGGAGCGCUGCAAGCCCAUGUCAUAUGAGGAAAAGCGGCAGCUGAGCCUGGACAUUAACAAGCUGCCUGGUGAGAAGCUGGGCCGUGUGGUGCAUAUCAUUCAGUCACGUGAGCCCUCUCUCAAGAACUCCAACCCUGAUGAGAUUGAGAUCGACUUUGAAACUCUGAAGCCGUCCACACUGCGCGAACUGGAGCGCUACGUCACGUCUUGCCUGCGUAAGAAGAGGAAGCCCCAAGCAGAGAAGGUGGAUGUGAUCGCCGGCUCCUCCAAGAUGAAGGGCUUCUCGUCCUCAGAAUCAGAGAGCACCAGCGAGUCCAGCUCCUCCGACAGUGAAGACUCCGAGACAGAAUUGGCUUCAAAGUCAAAGAAGAAGGGGCACCCUGGGCGGGAGCAGAAGAAGCACCACCACCACCAGAUGCAGCAGACCCCUGCUCCUGUGCCCCAGCAGCCCCCACCUCCAUCUCAGCAGCCCCCACCACCGCCCACACCUCAGCAGCAGCCACCGGUUCCACCACCCCCACCAACCCUGCCACAGCAGGCAGCUCAGGCGCUCAAGGCCUCCCCGCCACCCUUCAUCGCCACCCAGGUGCCCGUGUUGGAGCCCCCGCUCCCGGGUAGUGUCUUCGACCCCCUUGGCCACUUUACCCAGCCCAUUCUGCACCUGCAGUCCCCUGAGCUGCCGCCGCACCUGCCCCCACCACCUGAGCACAGCACUCCGCCACACCUCAACCAGCAUGCCGUGGUCUCCCCUCCAGCUUUGCACAACGCUCUGCCCCAGCAGCCCUCUCGGCCCAGCAACCGCGCUGCUGCCCUGCCCCCCAAGUCGGCCCGGCCCCCGGCCGUAGCGCCCACCCUGGCCCAGCCAGCCCUACUCCCACAGCCCCCCAUGGCCCAGCCCCCACAGGUGCUGCUGGAGGAGGAGGAGCCACCCGCCCCGCCCCUCACCUCCAUGCAGAUGCAGCUGUACCUGCAUCAGCUGCAGAAAGUGCAGCCACCAACCCCACUACUCCCUUCCGUGAAGGUGCAGUCCCAGCCGCCCCCGUCCCUGCCGCCCCCACCCCACCCACCCCCGAGGCCCGUGCACCUGCAGUUCCCUACUCACAUCCAGCAGCCUCCCCCACCCCCUGGCCCUCAGCCCCCCCACCCAGCUCCAGGCCAGCAACCACCACCCCCACCUCCUGCCAAGCCACAGCAGGUCAUCCAGCACCAUCCCUCACCCAGACACCACAAGUCGGACCCCUACUCUGCAGGUCAUCUCCGUGAAGCCCCCUCCCCGCUUAUGAUACAUUCCCCCCAGAUGCCACCGUUCCAGAGCCUGACUCACCAGUCCCCACCCCAGCAAAACGUCCAGCCGAAGAAGCAGGAGCUUCGUGCAUCCUCCGUGGUUCAGUCCCAGCCCCUGGUGGUGGUGAAGGAUGAGAAGAUGCACUCUCCUAUCGUCCGCAGCGAGCCCUUCAGCCCUGCGCUGAGGCCAGAGCCCCCCAAGCACCCGGAGAGCAUCAAGGCACCUGGCCACUUGCCCCAGCGGCCAGAGCUGAAGCCCGUGGACACUGGGAGGCCUGUAGCCCGGCCCCCUGAGCAGAAUGCACCCCUGCCAGGGGCUUCCGACAAGGACAAGCAGAAACAGGAGCCCAAGACACCAGUCGCUCCCAAAAAGGACCUGAAGAUUAAGAACAUGGGCUCCUGGGCCAGUUUGGUACAGAAGCAUCCAACCACUCCAUCCUCCACGGCCAAGUCUUCAAGUGACAGCUUCGAGCAGUUUCGUCGUGCUGCUCGGGAGAAGGAGGAGCGUGAGAAGGCUCUGAAGGCACAGGCGGAGCACGCAGAGAAGGAGAAAGAACGACUGCGGCAGGAGCGCAUGAGGAACCGUGAGGAUGAGGAUGCGCUGGAGCAGGCCCGACGUGCCCAUGAGGAGGCGCGCCGUCGCCAGGAGCAGCAGCAACAGCGCCAGGAGCAGCAGCAGCAGCAGGCAGCAGCCGCCGUGGCUGCUUCUGCCCCCCAGGCCCAGAGUUCCCAGCCCCAGUCCAUGCUGGACCAGCAGCGGGAGCUGGCCCGGAAGCGUGAGCAGGAGCGGAGACGCCGGGAAGCGAUGGCAGCUACCAUUGACAUGAAUUUCCAGAGUGAUCUAUUGUCAAUAUUUGAAGAAAAUCUCUUCUGA